AUGUACUGUGUCAUUGCAGGCUAUGACUUUGCAGCUGUGUUGGAGUGGUUCGCGGAGAGGGUGGACCGCAUCAUUCUGUUGUUUGAUGCUCACAAGCUAGACAUUUCCGAUGAAUUCUCAGAAGUCAUUAAAGCUCUGAAGAACCAUGAAGACAAAAUGCGUGUAGUCCUAAACAAGGCUGACCAGAUAGAGACCCAGCAACUGAUGAGGGUCUAUGGGGCCCUCAUGUGGUCCCUAGGGAAAAUUGUCAACACCCCAGAGGUGAUCAGAGUCUAUAUUGGUUCAUUCUGGUCCCACCCGCUUCUCAUCCCCGAUAACCGCAAACUGUUUGAAGCUGAGGAGCAAGACCUCUUCAGAGACAUUCAGAGCCUUCCACGAAAUGCAGCCCUGAGAAAACUCAACGACUUGAUCAAAAGGGCACGGCUGGCAAAAGUUCAUGCGUAUAUUAUCAGCUCCCUGAAGAAGGAGAUGCCAGCAGUAUUUGGCAAGGACAACAAAAAGAAAGAGCUGGUUGCCAGUCUGGGUGAGAUCUACGGUCGAAUUGAGAAAGAACAUCAGAUCUCACCGGGAGACUUUCCGAACCUGAAGAAGAUGCAGGACCUUUUACAAUCCCAAGACUUCACAAAAUUCCAACCCUUGAAGAGCAAGCUUCUGGAAACCGUGGAUGAGAUGCUGGCACAUGACAUUGCCCACUUGAUGGUCUUAGUUAGACAGGAGGAAACUCAGAAACCUGUUCAGAUGGUCAAGGGAGGCGCAUUUGAGGGCACCCAGAAUGGCCCAUUUGGGCACGGUUAUGGCGAGGGGGCAGGAGAAGGCAUCGAUGAUGCAGACUGGGUGGUAUCCAGAGACAAGCCCAUGUACGAUGAAAUCUUCUACACGCUGUCUCCCGUCAAUGGAAAGAUCACUGGGGCCAACGCCAAGAAGGAGAUGGUGAAGUCCAAACUGCCAAACACAGUGCUGGGCAAGAUCUGGAAACUGGCUGACAUAGACAAGGACGGCUUACUGGAUGACGAAGAGUUUGCCUUAGCCAAUCACCUCAUCAAGGUUAAACUAGAAGGCCACGAGCUUCCCAACGAUCUUCCUUGCCAUCUCAUCCCACCAUCCAAAAGAAAAUUGGUAGAGUAA